AUUGAGAGUCACUAGAGCAGUAGAAGUACUGCAGGGUUUCUGAAAGAGGCACUUGAUUUGAUUCUAGUCUUGGAUUCUCAUCAUUAUCCAUAGUUAUGAAGGAGUUAUGUGUUUGGAAAGGGCUAAUUUUAGUCCUUUUUCUUUUUGCUGUUGAUGGACAGAGAUCCGGACCAUCCUUCUUGGUGAUGUUUUCUGCAGUGGUGGAAUCUGGCUCUAAUGCCAAAUUGUGUGCAAGUCUUCUAAAACCCAAUGAGAGUCUUGCAAUGACCAUCUUUCUGGUUGAUGACCAGAACCAUAUAACACCGCUUGCGCAGCAGAGUUCUUCAACCACAUUUCACAGUUGUUUUAGUUUCCAGGCUCCCCAAGUAGAUGGAGAAUUAGUGCAGAAAGUGAGGGUGGUACUUCAAGGAAGGUUCUUCAAAAUGACUGCAGAGAGGAAAGUCAUGUUCAAAAGUUACCUGCCUCUGACUUUCAUCCAAACAGACAAACCCAUCUACAAUCCAGGACAAAUGGUGAACUUCAGGGUUCUGACCAUGGAUGCUAAAUUUGUUCCUCUUGAUCAAAUGUACAGUCUAGUGGUGGUGGAGGACAAUAAUAAGAACCGGAUUGGUCAGUGGACAAAUGUUUCCUCGACUGGGUGGAUAUUGCAGCUUUCUCACCAGUUAAACCCUGAGGCUCCGGUUGGGAUGUAUGCUCUGAGGGCUUUUAUUGGUGACCGUACAAUCUCUCAGGAUUUUGAAGUGAGAAAGUACGUUUUACCCAAGUUUGACGUCACCUUGACCACACCACAGAUGUACAGUGUGGGAGAUGUGGGACUGAAAGUUGAGGCUUGUGCCAAAUACACGUAUGGGCAACCUGUACCUGGUCAAGCAUUGGUGGAAGUGUGUCGUGAGCCGUUCCCAUUUUCUGUGGCACCUGGUGUGUCUCGUGUGUGUCUUAACAAAACCGCUAUGAUGAACAACACCGGUUGUGCUUCCCUUACUAUCAGUACGUCAGAAUUUUUCACCACCAAAUUUGAAGAGAACCUGCAAAAUUCCUUCAAUGUUAACGUGAAUGUCACUGAAGUGGGAACAGGUGUAAUUAUGGCGAAAUCCACAACCGUGUUCACUACGUUUGAAGUUGGCAAGGUAUCCUUUCUAUACCUCCCGGAUUUCUUUAACUAUGGAUCCGUGAUCAAUGGAAAGAUCUCUGCAUCUUAUUUCAAUGGGACUCCAAUAGCAAGGAAGACCGUCUAUCUCCUGGAUGGUAGCCAAUGGCCCAACAAACUGUUGCUCAAUCUGACUACGAACCUGAACGGAGUGGCUUCUUUCUCCCUCAACACUGCUGACUUCCCUAAAACUGGUCUGACUCUCGUGGCAAGUGCAACUUCACCGGUUUUUUAUGGUUUUAAAUCGCCCUACUUCAGUACGGAAAGGAAGGAUGUGCCGCUUUUCCAAGCUGCUACUGACAACCCAACGUUUAGUGAACUGACUAUAGACAAGCUUGAGCAGCCGCUGAAAUGUGGUGCCAAGUAUCCAGUGAAAAUCAAAUAUUCUUUUGUUGGAGAGACUGGUGACUACAGUGCCGACAUCGUCUAUAUGGUCUUGUCCAAAGGAGUGAUCAUCCUGCAUGGAUUUCAGACCGUUCAAGUGAGGGCCCUGAAUGCACCAAGUGACACAGUGUCGUUCCAGCUGUCUGUCAGUGUCAAUAUGGCUCCAGUAGUGCAGAUUCUGGCCUUCUGUGUUCUGCCCAGUGAGAAUGUGGUUGCUGCUAGUGCAGCUUUUGACACUGAAAUGUGUUUCCAAAACCAGGUGUCUCUGCAGUUUUCUCCCCCUACAGCUGUUCCUAGUGAGGGAAAUGUUUUGACUGUUUCUGCUCAAGCGGGAUCCCUGUGUGGCCUCAGUGCUGUUGAUCAGAGCAUCCGGAUCAUGGAGCCAGGAAGACGUUUGAAUGCUGAAGCGGUGUUCAACAUGCUCCCAGUACGAUCCCAAUCCUAUUAUCCAUUUCCUGUAGAGGAUGAACAGGAGUGCCUGAAUGUUCGACCCCGUCGAGCAGUUCCUACGGACCAAGCUUACGAAGCUUUCCAGAGUGUGGGGAUGAAGAUUGCAACAAAUCUGCCUGUCCAAGAACCUAACUGCCUGACCUACAGAGGCCUGAACUACUAUCGCAACUUCCGUGGCAUGUUUUUUAAAGCGUCUGAAAACGAGGUUGCUGGAGGGGAUGACAGCUCCUCUUUUGAUGUGACUGUCAGGACUUACUUUCCAGAAACCUGGAUCUGGCAGCUUUCUCAAGUGGGAAACACUGGAUCCACAAGAGUUAAUCUAACUGUUCCUGACACAAUCACCACAUGGGAGACCGAGGCGUUCUGUGUGUCCUCCAAAGGUUUUGGCUUGGCUCCUCCUGUUCAGCUGACGGUCUUCCAGCCCUUCUUCCUGGAGCUCUCCCUGCCUUACUCCAUCAUCCGUGGAGAGUCUUUUGAGCUGAAGGCCACAGUCUUCAACUACCUGUCCAAGUGCAUCAUGGUUAAAGUGACUCCAGCUGCUUCCUCUGACUUCAGUCUUCGACCUUAUAAUGAUCCGUAUUCAUCCUGUCUCUGUGCCAAUGGGAGAAAGACCUUUAGAUGGAUUCUCUCAGCAUCGGUCCUUGGAUCUGUAAAUGUGACUGUCAGUGCUCGGGCUGAUCAGUCCCAGGUUCGAUGUGGCACUGAAGUUGUGACCGUGCCAACAAGAGGACGCAUUGACACGGUUACUGAAAGUCUACUUGUUCUGCCUGAAGGAGUUGAAAGGAUCUUCACCCAGAGUUGGUUACUUUGUCCAAAGGGGAGCGUCCUUUCAGAAGAUGUGUCUCUGACGUUUCCAACAAAUGUGAUCCAGGGAUCUGCCAAAUGCUCCGUUUCAGUCCUUGGGGACCUAAUGGGUCGUGCGCUAAAUAAUCUUGAUGGCUUGCUACAGAUGCCCUCUGGCUGUGGAGAACAAAAUAUGAUAAUUCUUGCUCCCAAUAUCUACAUCCUGCAGUACCUGGAAGGCACUGCGCAGCUCACCCCAACCAUCCGACAGACUGCCACUGGUUACCUUCAGAGCGGAUACCAAGGACAGCUAAACUACAGGCACGGUGAUGGUUCAUACAGCACAUUUGGCUAUGAUGCUUCCAAUACAUGGUUGACCACCUUCGUCAUGAGGACUUUUGGCCUAGCAAGGCGUUUCAUCUUCAUUGAUCCCAGUGUCCUCCAGAGCGCACAGGAUUGGUUGAUCAGCAAGCAGGGUUCAGAUGGCUGUUUCAUGCAAGAGGGAACUCUGUACCACAUUGAUAUGAAGGGUGGUGUUGGUGAUAAUGUGACCAUUACAGGCUACAUUGUUGCAUCACUGCUUGAGCUAGGUGUCCUUGCCACGGAUCCGGUCAUAACAAAUGCUCGGUCUUGCUUGAGGCCUAUCGUUGGGAACCUGGGAAACACGUACGCCACUGCUCUGCUUGCCUACACCUUCAGUCUGGCUGGAGAGACCAGCACUCGAGCACGGCUUUUAACUGCCUUGAAAAACACUGCCAUUUCUGAAGGAAACAAGCUCCACUGGUCUCAGACGUCAUCUGGUGACACUCUGGCGGUGGAGAUCAGCUCGUAUGUGCUGCUAGCGGUUCUCUCUGUACAGCCUCUCACGACCACUGAUCUGAGCUAUGCUAACCGCAUUGUCAACUGGCUUGUGACCCAGCAGAAUCCUUAUGGAGGCUUUUCCUCCACCCAGGACACUGUGGUGGCUCUUCAUGCUCUGUCUCUGUUCGCCGCUAAAGUGUUCAGCCUGGAGGGCUCCAGCACUGUUACUUUACAGUCCUCUGUGGCAGGAGAGGUGUAUAACUUUGACGUGAAUCGGGACAACAGGCUGCUGUAUCAGGAGAAGCAGCUGAAGAACAUUCCUGGCAGAUAUAGUGUUCAAGCGAAGGGCUCCACCUGUGUGUCUGUGCAGGUUGCAUGUUUCUACAACAUUCCGACACCCAUUAGAGUUUCCAGAACACUUGGUGUUGAUGUGAAGGUGGGAAGAGAUUGCAAAGUGCGUGGAGCAGAUCUCGUGCUGAACAUCACUGUGAAGUACAAUGGUGCAAAACCAACUACGAACAUGGUUAUUGUGAAUAUUAAACUCCUGUCAGGUUUCACCGCAGAUACGUCACUGCUUGGAUCCCCACCAGAUUCAUUUGCUCCACUAGUGCAGCGGGUUGAUGCUGGAGAUGACCAUGUGCUGGUGUAUCUGAAAGGGGUUCCUAAGAGUGUCCCCAUGACCUACAGGCUACAACUGAAACCGGGUCCUGCAGUGCAGAAUCUCAAGCCGGCGGUCGUUGAGGUUUAUGACUACUAUCAGCCAAGUGAUGGGUUUGAGACCACAUAUAUGCCUCCCUGUCCAUGAUUGUGCUUCACUUCUGGCUACAGGAUGCAUGAACAAAAUAAAACUCCUUUAAAAUAA